UGAAACAGAAAUGAAUUGAAAUGUUAAUUGCUGCUGCUGCUUCGUCCUCUAGUCUUCUUCGUCCCCUUCACUACUGCGGGAAUAGUACAAGAUUUGGUCUCCUUUCUUGCAUCCGCUCAUCAUCAUCAUCAUCAUCAUCGUCUAUAUUCACCAAUCCUUUCUUAAACUGCAAUUCCAACCCUCUUCGUCCACUCUUUUCCCUCUCCGCUUCAAUGUCUCCUUCUUACAAGCCGGAGCAAGCUAGGGCUCCACCCGCCCUCCAAUUGCCCACUCCUCCUAUCACCAAGUUCAAGAUUGGAUUGUGCCAACUACUGGUGACAUCUGACAAAGAGAGAAACAUUGCUCAUGCUCGAGAAGCUAUCCAGGAGGCUGCCGGAAAGGGUGCUCGGCUAGUUCUCUUGCCUGAAAUAUGGAAUAGUCCAUAUUCUAAUGAUAGCUUCCCAGUUUAUGCGGAGGACAUUGAUGCUGGAUCAUCUCCUUCAACUGCAAUGUUGUCUGAAGUCGCCAGCCAACUUAAGAUCAUAAUCGUCGGUGGCUCUAUACCAGAACGAUGCGGAGAUAGAUUGUACAACACGUGCUGCGUCUUUGAUGCUGAUGGAAAGCUAAUAGCUAAACACAGGAAGAUACACCUUUUUGAUAUUGACAUACCUGGGAAGAUUACCUUCAUCGAAUCCAAGACUCUUACAGCAGGGGAAACUCCUACUAUUGUGGAUACAGAGGUUGGACGCAUUGGCAUUGGAAUCUGUUACGACAUCAGGUUUCAGGAACUAGCCAUGAUAUAUGCAGCUAGAGGAGCUCACUUGAUUUGCUAUCCGGGGGCAUUUAACAUGACAACUGGACCAUUGCAUUGGGAACUGUUGCAGAGAGCAAGGGCAGUAGAUAAUCAGUUAUAUGUGGCAACUUGUUCUCCUGCACGUGAUGCUAGUGCUGGAUACGUGGCUUGGGGUCAUUCCACUCUUGUUGGACCCUUUGGAGAAGUAUUGGCUACUACUGAACAUGAAGAGGCCAUCAUCAUAUCAGAGAUUGACUAUUCCCAAAUUGAUCUCAGAAGGACAAAUCUCCCACUGCUAAACCAACGUCGUGGAGAUCUUUACCAGUUGGUGGAUGUUGAAAGAACAUCGGCUGCAUCCUAAUGAAGUUGAGUACUCAAUGGUUAAUUUAUUUUCUUGCAAUUGAAUAUCAUGAAGGUUAUGCUUGCCAUCUUUUUAGUGGAUUAAAUAAUGGUUGCAAAUUGUUAUUUCCUUGAUCCUUUCCUGCAUAUUAAAAUAAAAUAGAUAAUAUGGCCUUUGGUCUUGGAAUGA